CACAGGUGCCGUUACAAUGAACAAGAAUAUCCAGGAAUUAAGGGAGAGACUGGAAAAACAGCGAAAAGAGUCUCUGAAACUCCACAAAGAAACCACCAAAUGCAUGGUGGAAUCAAUGAUACAUCCCUUGAGUCAUCAGGAAUCUUUACCAAGUGGCAAUAUGCCUAGUUUGGGCAAGUAUUAAAUAGAUUUCAGAAGAUAUGGGAAUACAUUACUAUAAACAUUGCAGACUGUUACGUGACUUAGAAGUUCAUGUUACAUAUUUCAAGUUGAAUCCUCUUUAGGCCCUGUGUCUUGAACAGCUCUUGUCAGCACAAUCCCAAGGUAAAGGCAGAGCAGCUCUGAAGUGUUCUCUGAACACCCAGUUUCAUACACCCAGUGGGGAGUCCUGGGAUUGGCUGGAUUUGUUCUACUUAGAAAAGAUGAUUCCUAGGCUGUACUGUUGGUAGGCACUAAGAGGCACAAAUGCCCUGUUGUACAGAUAAUGAAUUAUACUCACGUAUGACUUUUGCUUCAGCAUUUAAAUUUAUCUGUCUUUCAGGUGCUGCUACUCCGUUUCUCAGCAACCAGAAUGCUUCAGCUUCUUCCAUUCUCAGCACAGUGAUGAAGAGCUCAGCCUGUUCUAGUACCACUAGCAGUUCACCCAAUAAUGUCUUGUGUUCCAAUUAUGAAAUACAUACUGAUUCUGAGAAAGAAAACAGGAGUGGUGCUGGCAAAGAACACAUGGAAAACAUUCUAGAAGAAUACUUGCAGAAAGGUAGAGAUGCGCAGAAGAGUCUGAAUGAAACUACUGAGCUACGUGAGCAACAGAAAAGCAAUUUAAGGUUGAUCAUUGCUGAUUUGCAGACCAAACUGAUGGAAGUGCAAUUGGAAAGAGAUGCGCUUCAGGAUGCUAGACAAAAGGAAUUCCAGAGCCAAGAGACUAUCAAAAUACAGCUAAAAACUACUAUUAAAAAACUGGAAGCUGCCAGCCACCUGCAGGAGAAGAUGCUAAGGGAGGCUGACAGCCAAACUGAACAUCUGGAAAAGAUGGUCCACAGCUAUGAGGAAGUACUUCUGGAACUCCAUGGCAUCCUCAUGGACUACGAAGACAGCACAGGCAGGAAACUCUGUGACCAUGAGAAUAUUACUAGCCGACAGAUGCACAGCCUGAGCAGAGGACUUGCUGGCGUACUGCAAGAUUUAGACUCAGAGGUGUCAUACCUCAAAGAAAAGGUUGCCCUGGUAGAAGAAGAACUUGAGUCACUGAAAAAAGAUUCACAAACCCAAAAACAACUGCUUCAACAACACCAAAAUAGGAUUGAGGAACUAGUAAGUGAGCAUGAACAGGAGGUGGCAGCACUGACUGAUAAAGCCAAUGCACAUAGCUGUGCAAAUAGCAUGGAAAGCCAGAUGGAGAUCAUUCAAGAGCAGACAAGAAAUCAGAAUUCAUUGCAUGCACAUCAAGUUAGUCACUUGGAAUCUACAGUUUCUGAGCUGCGUUCUGAACUACAAGAAGCUAAGAGGAUAUAUGAAGACAAGGUCAAGGAUCUUGAGAAGCAGUUGCACCUAGUUCGUUCUGAGGUGAUAGAAGCUCAGACAGAACAGGAUCAAAGCAGCCAAGAAUCUGGAUAUCCAAAUAACCAGACUCAUCAGUUACUGCUUGAACUUCGUAAAAAAGAGAUAGAACUAAGUCUAGAGAAAGAGCAGAACAAGCAAAUCUGGGAUCAAAACACAGACAGCAGCAUCACCAUUGACCAUCUAAGGAGACAACUAGACAACAAAACCAAGGAACUUCAGUGUAUGGAAAACACAGCAAAGGAAAUGAGGACUGAAUGUCAGAGUCAACUGGAGUACCAGAUGGAUGCAAAUAAGGAAAAAAAUGAAAGCAUUGGAAGAAUCUCCUCUUCGACUGUCCAGCUGGAGUCAACCAAGGAAACGCUCUGUAAAGUUAAAGAAGAUCUUACAGCCAAACAGAUCGAUUUGGAGGUUGCUGAGAAAACAGUGUCAAGUCUGACAGCCUGUCUGCAGGAGAAAGAGAGAGCCCUUGAUGCUACCAGUGAGGAAAUUGAGAAGCUGCAUUCACAACUUAGCAGUAGGAUGCAGGAGUUCCAGCAUCUAAAGAAUGAAGAGGACCGUUUACAUUAUGUGCAGUCAGAGUGUGAAACACUGAAACUGCAGAUAUCAGAGAAGGAAAGGAUUAUUGAGAUCUUCCAAAAGCAAAUUGAUAACAUGACCAAGAUUGUGAGCCAGCACAGUCGAGCUGCUAGAGCAAUAGAAAUUGAGAAAUCCCAGCUUAUAAAAGAAAUAGAUGACUGGAAACUCAAAGCAGAAGAAUUUAAGAUUGCAAAGGAUGAGAAAGAAACCAGAAUACAUGAAAUGGAAGCCUGACUGAGUGAACUGGAACUGGAGAAGGUUAAACUGGUUAACACCUGCACUGAGAGGCUCCAUGCACUUAACGAUAUGAAACUGGAAAAAGACCAGCUAAUGAAUGAACUUGAAGCCAGUCAGGGUAAGCUAGCUGGCCUUGCAGAGGGAUUUGAAGAUUUGAAGAGGGACUACCAGGAUAAAAUCAAGGAGAUGGAAAAUACAGCAAACAGGCUGAAAAUGCAGUUGAAAUCUGCCCAAGCUGAAUUAGAACAGACCAGGACUGCUCUAAAGGCUAUGGAAGGAUAUGAUGGCAAUGCUAUGAAAGUUGCAGUGGGAAUGCAGAAGCAGAUCACAGCCAAGAGAGGACAGAUGGAUGUGUUACAGAGCAAGAUUAAAUUCUUGGAAGAAGCAAUGACAAAUGCAGCUAAGGAGAAGCAUUACCUCAGAGAAAAAAAUAGUAAACUAGGUCAAGAAUUGAGCUAUAUUACAGCAGAAAACACCAGGAUUGCUGGGGAACUGGAGAUCCUGCGAUCACAAGACAAACUUCUAAAAGAAAAAAUAUCCAAGAUGGAGACAGCCCUUGAUAAGGCAUCGCUGCAAUUUGCAGAAUGUCAGUGCAUAAUCCAGUGUCAGGAACAAGAAGCAAUGCGUUUCAGACUGCAGCAUACUUUAGAUGUAAAAGAGCUGCAGGGCCGAGGCUACUUGGCACCUUUUCCUUCAGGCAAGCUGCGGCACAUAGUGCCCCUUUCCCACCUGCACUCAGCUGUCAUGCCACCUUCCCUGAAUUUGGCCAGCUGUGUCACUCAAAUGUCUUUCAAACCAGACAUUUUUAAGGAUGAACCAUUGCAGGAUCUAAAGAGGAUUCUUCGAGAAUUAACAAGCUCAGGCAACAAUAUUCCGUCUGUGGAUCUUGGCAAGGAUGGCAGCAAUGGUGGGAGAAAAUCACCUUUAGCAACCGUGGAGACUACAUCUAAAGACUCUGCUACUGAAAACAGCAUGGAAAAGGAUACUUGUGGAUGGGAUCCUUUAUCCUUCCAUACAGCAGAUCUUCUGUCCCAAGAUGUUACCCUGCCCUUUACAUCCGUUGGAGGUGCAUCCAUCUUCUCACCAGCUUCUAACUAUACAUCUGACCCCAAGAAGGUGUCUCAGGAGCAGAGACACAGAGAAAAGUCUCCAGUACACUUGUUGUUAACUGCUCCACCAGAUUAUCUUGCAGCUGGCUCCAGUGCCUCACCACAGCACAGACCAUCAACACAGAAGGUCUGCUCUCCAGAGGGUGCAGCCACAGUCCCCCAUAUAACUUCUCAGCCAAUGAAAAAUAGUAAGGAUACACAUAGGAGGCCACAGAACAAGAUGAAAAGCCUGCAGAACCUGAUGGGAGUGUUAAAGAUAAAAAACCAAGACACGUCACCAGUGAUCAGAACUCAUGAAGUGAAGACAGAGAAAGCAAAGGAAAAGGAGAAAAAGCUAUCAGAAGGAAGACGCUUUGUACAUUAAGGAUUACUUUCAUGUAUAUACAUUGUGUUUAAAUUAUAUUUUUAAAGAUUAAUAAUAAAAGGUCUUACAGUUUUGUCAUUCUUGCCUGGCACCAUGACACUCUUUAUAGUUUUUAACUUUUAAAUGAGUGGGACAUACACAGUAGAAACAUAUAUAAAUACGGACUCGUUCACUGGCACACAUUUUCAAUAGCUGCGUGCUGUGAGGGACACAGACACAAGCUGAUUGCUUUAAGCUGAAGUAGCUCUUCCAUGGAUUCUGGAUCUUGCACACCAUUUCAGGUCCUGUUGUUUACAAAGUUAGUUUUAAAACGGUUUUUUAGGCUGCUUCUUUUCAUUCUAAAAUGAACUGGCUUCCCUUCACUCCAUACUUCUUGUUAUUACUUCAAAAAACUUCAAUUCAUCUGAAUACCCCAGAACUGCCAAGUAUGUCCAAUAAAAGCAGGAAAUCUCCCUGUGGCGUCUGUUAACAGUGAGGUAAAGUGUUGAAUCACAUACCUGCAACUGCAAGACUGCACAGAUUUCAUCCUAUACCAUGACUUCUUUAAGCAGAAUGGAUUCAAGUGUAGUAACAAAUAGAGGGUCCACAGUCUACAUUGGGCUUAGCUUUGUAAGCACUUUAUUUUUACUUAGAGCUGAGAGAAUGUAUGUUCCUAGUUUGGGACUUUUUGUCCUUCCCCAAUUUGUGUCCCUCUAUAAAAACUAAAACAGGUGAAGUUCAUGCAUAAAAAAAUGCAUUUUUUAACCUAUACUGACUUAUUUAUUUUAAUAACAGCCUAGUAUGACUUAUAUACCAUGCUCCACCACCACUAUUAAGAAGUUU